UGGCUGAGAAAACCAAAGAGCAAGUGUCAAAUGUAGGGGGAGCUGUUGUCACCGGAGUGACAGCCGUAGCCCAGAAGACGGUGGAAGGUGCUGGAAAUAUUGCUGCAGCCACUGGCUUUGUCAAGAAGGAUCAGUCGGGCAAACAGAAUGAAGAAGGACUUACACAGGAAGGAAAUAUGGAUAACACAGAUCCAGCAGACCCAGAAAACGAGGCCUAUGAAAUGCCUCCUGAGGAAGAAUACCAGGAUUAUGAACCAGAAGCUUGA